CAGUGCGCGGCUGUGUCUGUGUGUGCAUCUCACCAUGCCUGGCGCCAUCACCACCAUGCUACUGCUCAUCAUAUCUCACCAAAAAGUCAUGUACUGUGCAAAAGUUGACCACCUUCAAAUCCUGGACAGUUUGCUGAAGAAGGAUUACGAUAGAAGAGCAACUCCUACAAACCAUCUUAAUAACGCUACAACAGUCUAUUGUGAACUCUACAUUCGAAGUUUUGGCUCCAUCAGUCCUGUUACUAUGGACUACGAAGUGGACCUCUAUCUCAGGCAGAAGUGGCAGGAUGAGAGAUUGAAGCAUGCAGAUAUUACGGAGAGUCUUGACCUUAACGACCCUAAUCUGGUCAAAGCCAUAUGGAAACCUGAAGUUUACUUUCCUAAUGCCAAACACGCUGAGUUUCAGUUCGUAACAGUUCCUAAUGUACUUAUUAGGAUCAAUCCGGAUGGCGAGAUACUCUAUAUGCUCAGGUUAAAGCUGACAUUCUCCUGCAUGAUGGAUCUAUCAAAGUUUCCUCUGGACAAUCAAAUCUGUACAAUGGAGGUUGCCUCGUUUUCAAAAACUAUAGAAGAAUUAAGACUAGAAUGGAAGACAAUGAACCCAGUGAUCAUGGGUAAAGGACUCAAAAUGCCGCAGUUUGAAAUAAAGGAUAUUGCUGCUUCCGACUGCCAGGAAUCUUUCCAGAUAGGUAACUACAGCUGUUUAGUGGCAGAGUUCUAUCUGAGCCGGUCAGUAGGUUUCCAUCUGGUCCAGAGCUAUCUGCCAACUAUUCUGAUUGUGGUCAUCUCCUGGGUCAGCUUCUGGAUGGACGUCGACUCCGUUCCUGGCAGAACCACCCUAGGGGUCACCACUUUGUUGGCUGUAUCUUCACAGAGUUCAGGCAUUCAGAGUGGAUUACCCCAAGUAAGCUACGUCAAAGCUAUCGACGUUUGGAUGGGAACAUGCACUGCGUUUGUAUUCUGCGCUCUCUUGGAAUUCACGUUCGUCAACUAUAUGUGGCGGAAGGUGACUCCUGAGAUGACCCGACGAGCCAUAGUGACCGCCCCUCUCAACACCAUCAAUGGGGAUGCUGCUCCAAACCCCCUGGACUCAAUGCCACCAUCUCUGGCCAAGAAGUGCACACCGGGAAAUCUCACCAAUACUGUAAUGGCCCGGAGAAUAGACGAAUACUCAAGGCUACUAUUUCCUCUCACAUUUGCUAUCUUCAAUGUCUUAUAUUGGUCCUACUAUCUCAAAUGAGGACCUCUUACGUGGGGUUAGGACCGUAGGAACCCACCUUCAAGCCACCCCACAACUCUUCGUAUUGAAUUAUCAGUGGAUUCAAAGUGAAAAUGUUUACAUAACUAAACCAAACACAUUUCUUGAAAUGGUAAAAUUAAUGUAAACAAAUCAAUUUUAAGUUUGUCUUUGAAUAAGUCAAAAUAUUUUGUUCUAGUACUCUCACUGUAACAAUCAUCAAAUGACUCCAAACGGUUCAACAUAAACUCGCUAUGGUUUUUAUAAGUUUCUCAGCAUCUAAACCUGGAAUAUAAAGUGAUGAUGGAUCUUUUAUGUUUGGUUCGACAUGUAAAUAUUGUAAAUAAUCUUCACGUUGUGUUGUGAUUAAAUUAAAUGUAUUAUACUGUAAAAUAUAAAUCUUAAC